AUGCACUGUUUCCACAUAAUCCGCUUUCGCAAUUAUUUUCAUUAUUUUUUCUGCUUAUUUGUAGGUGUAGCAUUCCAUGUCAAGGACUUUUUAAAAAAAGAAGUAAGUUUUAAUAUUCUUUUUAGGAUAAACGCAUUCAAAGUGGUAUGGGAAUACAGGAAAUCUUAUUGUUCUUUUUUUUAUUUUUUACAUUUACAUUCAGGAAACUUGAGCGUGAAUACAGAAGUUGAUUUACUGUCUUAUUGUUCUAAACAAUGGAAAGGGGAAGCACCAAAUGUCACAUACAUGAGGAAGGCAUACAAAAACCUGUACUGGAAUCAUCAUAUCAAAACUUUGCAGUAUGUAAAACAGGACAAUUACUGUGUUCUUAGAGCUGUCAUGUUCCAAGUGUUUAGUCAAGGAAUGCCCUUUCCUGGAUGGAUGAAAGAAAAGGAUAUCCUAAAGCUUCCUGAAAAGCUUCUAUAUUCUCAAGGAUGUAAUUGGAUACAACAGUUUAGCUUUGGACAUGAGAAGUACACAGGUCCAAAGGUCUAUGGAAAACUGCGAAGCUGUCUAGAAAGCUUCAAAAACCAGUGGGCAGAAUUUUACAAUUGUAAAGACCGGGUUGAAAGAAACAGAAUGUGCAAGUCCUUUUUUUCUGAUGAAGCUACAGAAAAUAAACUGUAUGAAGGAUUAAAAUUUCUUAUGCUGUAUUUGGUGAUUGAUGCUUAUGAAAAUAUAAAGUCAGCACAACACUCUCCAUGCUUCUUUAAUUUCUUGUUCUCACGGGACACCUCAGCUGACCCUCUAAGCUACAUGAUGAACCACUUGAAUGCAGUGGGCGAUACAUCUGGACUGGAGCAGGCUGAUUUGUGUUUGGUGGGCUAUUCUCUUGAAGUCAAGAUAAAAUUAUUCCGGUUGGCUAAACUGGAUACUGAAGACUUUGAAAUUUAUUACCCUGAGGAUUACAAAAGAGACUGGAAUGAGAUAUGUCUCAUGACUGAAGAUGACAGAAAACUACAAUAUACCAGUCAAAGCCAUAUGAGUGGACUCAUCUGCAGAAGAACACCUUUUCUGUUUGUGCAGGAAAGCAUAUUCCUCAGCAUGAUACCCUGUAAAAUAGCCAUACAGCUCAAUGCACUUAUGUGA